GCAGAAAUAAACAAUAACAAAUGCUGAUAACUUUCGCCGGGUGUGGUUCGAAAUAAAUGAGUAAAUAAUUAGGCCGCAAUGUCUCACGCUCUCGAACAACGAGAGGCGAUUAUUAAAUCCUGCAUUCCUGAGCUAAUUAAAACAUUAACUGGGUUUGAUGACACGGAGGAAAAUUUUACCUUAUGUCAGCAGUUCGCACUGCAAACGAUUCGCAACCACCGUUUUCUAUCGGUAAACAGUCACGAGAUUCGUCGCAAAGCGGAUGGCUUCGCACAGAACUUGCGCAUAUCCAACAUGGAACGCCAUGCCGAAACGUUUCUUCAGCUUUUUGAGGGAUUCAUUGCGGAGCCGGAAUGUGCCGAUCAUUAUGUGCACGAUAUCCAAUGGUCCGUUUUGCUUUUCCUCAUGAAAGUAGCACACAAUCCGGUGGGAGCGCUGAGGGAACGAAUAAGACGAGGCUAUCCUAUCGCAAUGAUUGAAGCAACGGUUGAGGAAAUUCCACCAGUAGCUGACGACCACCGAGAGGAAAUUCUGGAGGAUCUGAAGGCUGACAAUAUCGCUAUUGACGAGGAUGGUGGGGAUGAUGAUUCAGAUUUAAGCGAAUGGUCAGACUCGGUAGAUGAGGACAAUGUGUUAAAAGAGGAAGUGUCUGCAAACGUGUCAGAAGAAAAUGUAACGCAGACUAAAGAAGUUGUUGUUUAUACCAGAGUUGAAUCUCCCAAGCGGGAUCUAGGAUAUGAAAGGUUUGAUGGAUCUGAAUCAGAAAAGUGGCUGAAGGAGAACAUUCAGUCUCGCUGGUGGGUUGAUCCUAAAGCUCGAGCUGAGGUUAAUAGUACACACGAAGGAGCAUCUUUCUGCGACUAUUGGAGUCAAACUAUUUUGAAAGCAUCCAAUAGUUUUAUCAAAUUGGACCCUGUCUCGACCGUUUCGGAGUACUGUUUGGUAAGGGAAAUUUUGUGGAUGUUCACAAAUCCAACUGACUGUAAAUUUUUCCGCAUUGAUGAUGACCAAAUCUGGAUCAAUCCGAAUGUAUCACUUUCGAGCGCAACAGAGCGAGGAUUACACACAUUCCUUAUCAAUUUCACCGAACACAUGACUAUUGUUUUCCGUUUGCGGAAUUUCUGCAAUCGAGUGUCGGAAUCAUCGAGUAAACCAAUUCCGGCGCCUUACAGUUUUGAAUGCUAUUCCGCGGGAGUACGCGACUUCCUCGAUCACUUGGGAGCCACUAUUGUUGAACUAGAGAAGAAGGCAAUUGCACAGGAGCCGGAUUGUAUAUUUACAAUAAUAACACUUUUCCACGAGCUGGAGCCGGAAUUCAAUGUGCUCAAAAAUCUUUACGACAUUCAUCGUUUUUCCGUACUCGAUUGGACCAAGUUUCCCGCACAUAUUGCGGUUGCUCAUUUGAUUUCCGGACUGUUUCGAGGCGUCAAGUUGAGUGGUCAUCUCGAGAAAACAAAUCUUGCCUUUGCGCUGCUUCUUUCCACGCUGAAAGGUUACAUGAACAUAAUCGACAUCUGGUGGACGGAAGGGCGUUUAGAUGAUUGGCGGGAGGAGUUUCUGGUGGAAAAAACAUAUGCCGAGAAUGGGAACACUGUAACUGGUUAUCGCGCCAGGUUAUUUUCCAAAUGUAAAAAACGAUCCUUCUAUGUCAGCUCGGCGGUAUCCGAAGUGAUUGAGAAUGAUGCGAUCAUUAAGCUGUUAAUGCAUCACUCCCUGGAGGCAGGUUAUACGCUGAACAUAUUGUGCGGUUUGGAUCGAAUAAGUGAUUUACGGAGUGGGUCUGAAUCGGACGAAAACAUGAUGUACUUAGGAUUUUUGGAAGUAAUCAUGGAAGUACUGGAUGGUUUCAAGACGGCUGAGAAUUCAACAGAGGACUUGGUUGAUGGGGACAAAAAGUUAGCGGAAGACAUGUCGAAGAAUAUGGCCAAGACUAUGAAGCUGCAAAAUUUACGUAACCAGAUCAAAGAGAUUUGCGACGAUGAAUUGCUGAUGAUGGCAUUGGACAGUUCCUUACAGCUGGCUUGUGAGGAAGAUGAUGAUGAUGGGAAAGUAGAUACCAGCGAGGAACUGUCGAAAAAUCCCCUGAUCAAUGCACACUUGCUGUACGGCAGGCUGAAUUCAAUUUCAAAUUACUUGAUGCUGCCACUGGAACACGUGCUCUUUGACGCUAUCAAGAAUUUAAUGGAAUCAAAGCGACAAGCGGCGAAUCACUUCGUCUCCACUAUCUAUAAAGAAGAACUUUUGGUGUUGAAUCACCUGCAGAACAUUAGAAGGGUGCUACUUUUGGAGGCUAGUGAUUUGAUGUAUUUUUUCUACAGCGAUUUGUUCAAAAUGAUUGAGGCAGGAGAGCACUGGGCGAAUCCAUACCUGCUGACGAUUCAACUGAAUGAUAUUUUGGCUUCGCGAUUCUCCGAUAUGACAUCACUGUUCACGAUUGAAAUUAUCGCAAGAAACAAGAGUGAAACAACAACCGUGCUGGAAGCAAUCGAUAUGUUGCAGAUUUGUUACAGCCCCUGUAAUGAUCUCAGCAAUAUGAUAAACGAAAAAACAAUGUCCAUCUAUAAUAAUGUGUUCAGGUUUCUUCUCAAAGUUAAGUGGGCUCUUGGGAAGCUAGAAUCAUUACGCUUUCCUGAAUGUUAUAAAAAAAAACGUCCCUACGAAGAUCUAUGCAUUUUAGACUUAAACCUUAAGCGUCUGUCAAUGUUAAAAUUUUGGAUGAUUUUUUCGGUUCAAUGUGUUCACUCUCACUUGAUGACCCACGUGUUGCAAUCACUAGGGAUGCAUUUGGACAGAAAGAUGCAGGCUGCCGAUAAUUUGAACGAAAUGAUUGCCGACCAUCAAUCUUACAUCAGCGCCAUACACGAACAAUGCUUCCAAACGGAUGAGGGUAAAGUUUUUCGCGAAGGUGUUAUACGUUUGCUGAAUUUGGUGCAAAUCAUGAGCGACGAAUGGAUCAAUAAUGUGCUGUAUACAGAUAUGGAUGCCCGUGGUGAUAUCGAGGACAACAGCAUGAUUGGUGAUUUCAUCAGUAACGCUCAAGUCAGCAUGUUGGAGAAAACAUAUUGCAAGUGUCAUCAGCAGUUGGCGGAGCUCUUGAAUCGGGAAGUGUAUGCGAAACACAAAUCACACCUCGCAGCGCUUGCAGAUGCUUUUAGCUACAAUGUUCCUUAUUAAACCACAAUUGUUACCAUGUCAUCUAUUUCGUGUUACACAUGUUGAACAGAGUAAAAAACAUUUUUUCCGCUUA